AUGAGAAACGUGAUCAUUUGGAUCGAGCAACUUUUUGAUGCUCUACAUUAUAUUCAUGAGCAGGAACUCAUUCAUCGAGACCUGAAACCCGACAAUAUAUUGGUGACAUCGGAUUUUGUGCUGAAAAUCGCCGACUUUGGAUUGGUGAAAGAGACGAAUGUGACCUGUGUGGGCUCGAUUGCUGGGACACACAAAUACAUGAGCCCUCCACAACGUGAUCCAAAUCAAAGCUCAAUGCAGGAACGAAAUCACAAGGUAUCCCCACGGAAUGAUGUAUAUGCACUUGGAUUGACGGUGUGGGAAUUGAUUGAAAGAAGGGUUGUCUUUCAAGAAUACAUUAGUGAAAAUGGGUUUUUGCAAUGGGAGUUGUUCUGCCAAAUCUGGACGGGAGAAGUCAUCGAGAUUGUAUCUGCUGAUUGCUUGGAUGAAAUUAAACGCAUUGUCCAGAGCUGUGUCAAUUUCAAUCGCUCUGAGCGACCAACUGCUGAAAGGGUUCUCGAGCUAAUUCAGGCUUUUAAAAAGGCUAAAGGAAUUACGACUUUUGAUCAACCAAGAAUUGAAGAGCAUCAGCAGAACAUCAUUCGACCAAUUGGUUUCAACGAUCUCGAGGACAACGAAGAAAUCCCGGUCCUCGAAGCAGAUCUCAAGAAGACAACGGUGGAAAGCUACAAAGACUUGGUCUAUCGGAAUGAAUAUGAAUCCAAGUUCAAUAAGGAGGCGAUGAACACAUUCAGCGCUGCAAAGUGGUUUGUUUUCAACGAUCCCGAGAACAACGAGGAAAUUCCGGUCCUCGAAGUAGAUCUCAAGAAGGCAACGGUGAUAAGCUACAAAGAUGAGCAAAACUUGGUCAAAUUUGAUCCAUUGGACAUGACUCCAUAUCGAGAUUAUCUUUACGAGUUGCCCAAGUUGUAUAACGAGAUGAUGAACACACUCAGCGCUGAAGAACAAUGCGAAUUCUAUGAAAAACUAGAUUUGAUCUUCUCGGAUGUUUCCGAGAAGCAUGGCCAUUACAUUCAUGGGCAUAAGCAACAAGAGAAUCCACAGAAAUAUGGUCAACUGGACACCGUCGAGAACAUUUUUCGAGCACGCCUUUGUGAGUUUCAGGACAAGGUACUUUGGAGUUUGGCCUCGCCUUCACAACAACCAUUU